GCCUGAUCUGUUGUAACUCCAGCAGGUCGUGCAUGUGUCGGCUCUGCUCGGUCCUGGUUCUGGUUCUAGUCCUCUAGUCCCGGUCCCGGCUCCAGUCCCGGUCCUAGUCCUGCUCCCGGCUCUAGUCCUGGUUCUGGUUGGGGAUGUAUCCGGUCCAGACGGACGAGUGGCGGUACCACGGCGAGGGGAACAAGAGCCUGGUGGUUUCUCACGUCCAGCUCUCCAGAGUUCUGCGUCUGCUCAAGUAUCCUGCAGAAGACUCCGAGAACCCUCCGCAGACGGCGGAGCAGGCCUUCAGGCAGAUCCAGAACAUCGUGGACUUCAGCUCCAACGUGAUGAGCAGCCUGCUGGGGGACAAGUUCACCCACAGUGGGGAAGUGGUGAAACUACCGCUGGAGUUCGUGCGACAGCUGUCCAUCAAGAUCCAGCACCAACGACCAGCGUGGCGCUGCGACAAGGUGAUGGACAUCUACAGCGGCUGUGCUCUCUGUCUGCCCAACCUGACGUCCCCCCCCCUGCACCAGCCGACACACACACCCCCCCCUCUCUGCAUCGAGAUCAAGCCUAAGUGUGGUUUCCUGCCGUCCCCCAAACACGUCAGCAAGGACAUCAAGGCCCGGGUGUGUCGAUACUGCAUGCACCAGCACUACAAGGUGGCCAACGGGAAGUGGAAGAGACACAGUCUGUACUGUCCCCUGGACCUGUUUUCAGGGAACCGGCAGAGGAUGCACUUCGCCAUCAGACACCUGAUAGAAGAACCUCAGAACAACCUCAAGAUCUUCAAGGGGGGCCAGUGCAUCUACAGCAGUAAGGAGGGGGGGGACGAGUCCCCGGACGUCACCGCGCUGCUCCAUCACCUCCGGCCGUACUUCCUGUGUGGGAACAACCGCAUCAACGGUCACGUGACCGGCAAGGCCGUGCUCAGCGACUUCAUCCAGGUCCUGGUGAACGCCCUGCUGAGUGGAGGAGGAGGAGACGGAGGAGUGGAGACGGACAGACGAGGAGAAGGACGGAGUCUCUGUGAAGCUUCUCUGUUCAACAAGGAGAGAAUCAGACACGGCUCUCAGGGGUUGCCUAGCAACAGCGUGCUGUUCCGGAUCCUGCAGACCCAGAUGUUGGACUCUCUGGACAUCGAGGGCUUGUUUCCUCUGUACCGGCGGCUGGAGCAGCACCUGCACGACUGCCCCAAGGACAGGACUCGGCUGCAGAUAGACGGGCCGUACGACGAGGCGUUCCUGGAGAAGCUGCAGAAAUGCCCGGCGGAGGACGACGGCUCCGUGGACUACGCCGUUGCCAAGGUGAACCAGUACCGCGUUGCCAUGACAGCCAAGGACUGUUCCAUCAUGGCCGCCCUGGUGCCCAACGGGGAGGAAGAGGAGGAGGAGGAAGGUCUCUCCUCCCAGCGGCGGCUCCUCAGACCCGUGUCUUUCUCCCGCUGCGUGUCCGUCCUGGACUUGGACCCCAAACCUCUGGACAGCAUCCCGCGCCAGCUGAGACUGGACCAGAAGAUCGUGUCCUGCUACCUGAGGACGGGCGGUGCCUUGCCCAACGGCACGCUGCCCACGGGCGCUCUGCUGCCGCCGCUGCCGGGGAUCCUGGGGCCGGAGAGGGACGACUGCACGCUGCUGUUCCACCCCAUGUGAGCCGCCCGGGACCGUCGCCGUGGGAACCACCCGUCGCCGUGGGAACGGUUCAGGAGCUGGUUCCCGGUUGGGUUCCUGGUUGGGUUCCCGGCGGCGCCGCUGCUGCUGCUGCUACGAGACACCAUGAACCACGAGUUCACCGGACGUCCAACUUCUCUGUUACUGAUCCUGGAGCCAGCGUCGUCAUGGCAACGGCCCCGUAGUGACACUACAGGAGCUCACGUGAUGAUGUCACCGCCCGUAUGUGGGCGGAGUCGCCACGGCAACCACAGCAUGGAUGGAUGGAUGGAUGAUUGAUGAAUAAAUGGAUGGAUGAAUAAAUGGAUGAAUAGAUGAUGGAUGAACACGGCGACCGAAGCACCACAGCGUUGCCGUGGCGACCACGGCUGCAGCCAAGAGGAACUUUAACUCUGGUUGAAGGAUUUAUGUUAUUUUUUUAACCCAUAACGCUUUGUUACCACUCACUCUGGACCGGUACUGGGUCAGAACCGGUACCGGGUCAGAACUGGUACCGGGUCAGCUGGUUUUCUCAUUGAGUUUCCCCCGUUUGUUGGAAAACCCUCAGAGGUCAAAGGUUAAAGGGGCGGGGGGUCAGACGGACCGGUCCAGCUGGAUCUGGAUCUGGAUCCAGCUGGACCGGACCGCUCCCGGCCCCCCAGAACCCCCGGUUCUCCUCCGGUCCUCCGCCUCCAGCAGGGUCCGGUCCUGCUGGUGGUUACCGUGGUUACCGUGGUAACGCCGGUCCUGCUGAUGCUGGUUACCGUGGUUACGCUGGACCAACAUGGUCCCUGUGAGGGUUGGAGGUUCCAGAACCUUUAACGGCUCCGGUUCCUGGUCCUGGUGCAGCAUCGAGCACCAGAGGGGGCGUGGCCAGAGGAGAGGGGGCGGGGCCAGAUGAGAGGGGGCGGGGCCAGACGACGGCUCAGGUCGCGUUUGUGGAGGAAACUGUUACAGGGGGCGUUGCCACGGCGACGCAGUAGCUCUUCUGACGACCCCUGACCUCAGUCCCGUUGGCCCCGCCCCCUCUCUCCAUCGGCCAAUCAGAGAGCACUAAGCCACUCCCCCGUCAGCAUCAGGACCGGCUCGUUACCGCGGCGACGGAGGACUGAAGAACCACUAACUGUUGUACGUGUUAGCGGCGCGGCGGCGCAGCAGCAGCUAGGGCUGAUCUGGACCUGGAGAGAUUAUUGAUUAUUGAUUGUAAAAAAACUGACUGAUUUUAGACGAGCUGUCACUCAAACUUCACGGUUCUACCUCCUGAUUGGCCGUUACCGGGUCCUGAUUGGCCGUUACCGGGUCCUGAUUGGCCGUUACCGGGUCCUGAUUGACGCUGCCGCCGCUACACCGCUACGCCCCCGUCACGGCGUUUGUACAUAGAGAAGAAGAAGAAACUAUUUUAAAGUACAAAGGCGACGCUGCUGUCAGGCAUUUUGUAUUUAAAUUAUUUAUUUUUGUAGAUUUUUGACCGACGAGCUUCGCUGUUUCUGUUUCUGCUGCAGCCGAGCCGUCGGAAUAAAGAUUUCUAACAG